AUGCAAAGGCUAUGGACUUCCGUAGCAGCCCUACUAGUGUAUUCAGCAAGGGCCCAGCAACUUGUUGGCACUCAGAUCAACCGCCUUUUGGACGAGGAUGAAGUCUCUCCACGGCGUACAGCUACUGCGUCAAAAAGUACAAGAACAGCACUGGUGGUGACGGAGAACACCAGCAACUGCAUGUCCAUUGAGGCAACAGAGGCUGGCACUGCCUCAAACUGCAACUGUUUUACUUUUGUUAGCACCAAUGAUUAUGGAGACUACACAUCAGAAGGGGACUGUGAUACUGCCCUCUUUGCUAACCUCGGCACCCUUCAAGACCACUUCGUGUGUGUUGGUGCGGGCUCCAUGAGCGUGACCCCAACAUCUACCCCCACUGGAUCUGGAUCUGGAUCGGCUACCCUAAGCACAUCCUCUAUGGGGCCUACUCGGACAGAAGUGGUGUCAGGAUGUCGGCUCUUCCAUGCUGUCCAAAACGGUAAUACCUGCCUGUUGAUCGAGAGAAAAUACGGCAUCAUAGCUGCUCAAUUCUAUAAGUGGAACCCUACUAUCGGCAGCACUUGUACCAAUAUGCGGUUGGGCUACGCAUACUGCGUGAAAGGACCGGUCUCGUCCACCAUAACCUCAGGCCCCAGCGAUCCCACGCAGACGGGAAUCAUAUCUAACUCCAAUGAGUACCCUCUGUCGUGA